AUGUCUCAAGAGCCGAAAGAACUGAAGCCGUUGCCCGAGAAUGUGUUGACGGAGACACAACUGGAAAAUGCAACGGGUUAUGUGGUUGACAGAGAGGAAGAGAAAAAGGUGGUGCGAAAGCUGGACCGGGUCAUCUUACCUCUGAUGGCAUUUGUCUACUUCUUCCAAUGCAAGUCGGACCUCAAUCCCCCUCCCCCCCCAAAGCAGAGCUCCAAUUUGCAAGAGAACCUCGUCUAA